AUGCACAAGCCGUCAAUCGCGCAGAUUGUCUACAAUGCCACCUUCCCCCGACCCAAAAGCGCCGACCCGACGUCCUUUUCUGUGCACAUCACACGCAACCUAGUCCCCGAAGUGCGGAUUGAGACCUCCGCCUUUUAUGGGUCGCUCGAUUGCAUCGAAGCGCAGUACCCUGGCCUCGACUACUCGUAUGGACCGCACCGCAUGCGACUCAGCCGUUUCCCGUGGCAUCGCAAGCUAUUCAAAGUGUUUGACGACCUACGUUUGACCGAAGCUGAAAUCGCGUCAUUAUGCCGCUGGGAAGGAACAAAGUCAGCUCGAGAGCGCUAUGAGAAGGAAGAAGGCGUCAAAGUCAACGACACGACUGCGGACGACGUCCGUCCGGCGACUCCGGCCCCGUUUCCCUCCGCUCGGUUCCCUACAGAUGACGAGGCAACAAUCUCAGACUCCGAGUACAGCUCGGCUAAGCAGGGAGGGCCUGUCCAGGAACUGCUAUCGAUAGUUACAACGCAGCAGAACGAGACGGAGGACGGCGACUUUAGCGAUGAAGAGAUGGAAAGCUAUGGUGUACAACUCAACCAACGUCUUAUAUACGCCACAGCGGCCCGUGAACGAGGCAAUAAUAUGCCUUUGGACGAGGACUGGGAGCAAUGGCUCAAAGAGGCUGUGGAGAGAGGCAGUUACUCGGAUAUGCUGAAUGCGGUGCGGACUGGCCAGCCCUUGGAGACGAGAUCGCAUAACCCUGCUUCGCCAAUACCCUCUUCGCCCGGUGCAGCUCUGAUGAACCAGCUGGCACUUGCGGCCCAACAACCAGUGGCAGUGCAAACCGUACACCCGGCCUCGGUCUUUCGACAUCCGUCUACUAGUAGUACCUCUGGGGUUGCUCGAUAA